GCUUCUUCGACUUUGACAUCGAAUGCUUGCUGAACCGUGACGACGUUUCUGCCCACUUCGGAUGUCGACCUAGCCUCCAACUGUACGCGACAAUUAUCAAUAUAUCGAAUAAUAUUUCAACCUUUGAUCACCGGCUUGCGCAAGGCUUCUUCGGCAAAAUGACGUUCCAAAGCAAAAAGUUUCCCUCGACGGCGAACACCAACACCUUCGCCGCCAAAUACCGUGCAAUGAUGAAGAAGCACCCCUUCCUUCUCUUUGGUCUUCCCUUCAUGUCGGUCAUUGUUGCCGGCUCCUUCAUCCUUACCCCUGCCGCCGCAAUUCGCUACGAGAAGUACGACCGGAAGGUCCGACAGGUGUCGCGUGAAGAGGAGUUGGGUCUGGGUCAGAGGAAGCGCAGGGUGGACAUUCGUGAGGAGUACUACAGACUGGCGGCGAAGGAUCUCGACAACUGGGAACAGAAGCGUGUCGAACGCCUGAAGGGAGAAUCCGAUGGUUUGCUUUGAAGACGUUAUGCGCGCGCACACACACACACACACACACACACACACACACACACACACACACAUCAGA